AUGUUUAACGAACUGUAUGUUCUUGUCCCAUUAGCGGAGCGAAAAGAUCUAUGUUCGGAAUGUAUCGGAUUACUGAAUCAGGAAUGGCCACGAAGCGUAGGUGCACGUGAGAAUACGCUACGUAAAUCACUUAAUUUAACGCCUCCUAUGUCGUUCAUUGUGGUCGACAAAAAGACGGAUAAGUUGAUAGGUCAUGCAAGGUUAUGUCCACUUCCGGCUGUAUUGCAAAGUUGUUGGAUCGAAUCCGUUAUCAUUAAUAGCAGUCUGAGAGGUAAAGGUUUGGGUUGUUGGCUAAUGGCACAACUGGAAGAUGAAGCUAGAAAGUUUGGUUUCAGGAAGGCUUAUCUAUCUAGUAAGAAUAAACAGAGAUUUUAUGCAAAAUGUGGUUAUUCAACUUGUGGACCAGUGUUUAAUGCUGGUGCUAAUGCUGCGUUAUUUGAAAGAUUCGAUUUGGGAAGAUCUUUAUUGUUAGCGUUUAAUGGAUCUUGUAAUGACCAAAUUACUCAGACUAAUUCAUCAAAACAUAGUACUUCCUGUAAACCUGCUUCGUCCAAAAAAACCUUAGCAAUUCCACCACCAGCUCCUCCUCCUCCUCCUUCUCUAACGUCAAUGUUAUCAACCGGUGAAGUAAUAAAAUUUGGUAGCAAACAGAUUGAUUAUAUGUUUAAAAUACUUUAA